AUGAUGUACCCGACUAGCGUUCAACAGCACGACAUUCCUGGGGCGUCUGACCGAGCAGACAUCCGAUACUUUCGAUUGGAGACUGUUCAUGAAAUGGUCGCUGCCAUUCACGAUCGGUCCCCAUCAGUCCUCGGCGUUUCUGUCGGGCUCAACGAUACAGGUUCAAUCACAGCUGUCGCUUUUGCCACGGAGCACAAUAUAUUACAUCUUCGAUGGGAAAAGAGCGAAGCCCAUCUCUUGAAAUCCCAAAGGAUUCUUUCCGUUUUCAAAUCGUUGUUUUUGUCCGCUCACGAUAGACCUUUCGCCGCGUUUGAGAUGGGAUAUGUUGCAUUUCUGAUCUAUGGCUCUCUCGGUGUUCAUGUCCAAGGCGUGGACCUUUCUACAGUCACCUCUGAGAAGCUAAACUCGCCGGGUUGUGUCAUGGCCAAGCUCAGAAACCUCGAGUUCGCAUCUCAGCUCGCAGUGGACGUGCGCUGGGAUCGGCUUGGCGAGGGGAAGGGCGCACAACCAGAUAUCUGUGUCCGUGCAUGGUACUCAGCCAUCACAGCUAGUGCAAUUAGCAGUCUUCUUGCUCCCCCGCUGUUGAAGACCGAUUAUAUGAACAAAACAGAUCUUUCAAUUCUCCAUAAAUGGGUCAAAAGAAUUCAGUUGCUGAAUAACAUGAAACCCCUCGUUCAAGAGAACGAUUUCGACGGCAUCAAGCUCACGAAGAACGAUGACAUAUUAGUGCAGAACUCUCGUUUCAAGACUCGCGUCAGAAAGAGCAGACAGACCUCAGUACAAUUCAUCGCUUCAAACGGCGAUGUGCUCCAGAGUGGAAGAGCAACGCGUGCCACUGGAAAAAGGACGACCGUGAAGGCCGUCGGCGCACCCAACAGAAGAGUGGAAAAGUUUUGUAAAACAGUCCGUAUCCAUGGUCGCGAGGAGCCAACGAACGCAGAAUUUGCGCAGUAUUGGUUUCUGUUGGAUGCUUUGCGAGGCAAAUUACAGCUGCGUUCAGCUUCGAGCUUCAUCGAGCUUUUGUGGCUCCCAAAGUCUGGUCGUAAGCAAGAACUCAAGAUGACACGCCCGCGUCUUUCUCAUCAGCAUCGUGGCGAUCUGGGCGAGGUCAAUGACUCCCAAAGGCGAGUCAUCGAGGCAAUGUUAUCAGAGGAACCAUUAGUCAUCGUGCAGGGGCCUCCGGGGACCGGAAAGACAUCAACCAUAGCGGAAGCUGUCAAGGUUUUACGGAAUAACAGGGAGCCUGUGUGGGUCGUUGCCCAAUCGAACGUUGGCGUCAAGAAUAUUGCGGAAAAACUCUUCAAGGAACGCAUCGACUUCAAACUCAUUGUAUCUAAGGAGUUUUAUGUCGAAUGGCAUGAAGAAUUGUACGAGAAAAUUGAGAAAUAUAUCAUACGCUCUGACGACCUGCCAAAUGACGAUAAAUCUGGUGUCGCCGUUGGGCGUCUUCUUCUAGGAAGCACUAUCGUGCUUUGCACGCUCAGCAUGCUAUCCAAUCCAACGUUGCACAAUUGCCGCGCAUUCUCUGUAGUGCCUGUGGAGCGGCUCGUCAUUGAUGAAGCAUCGCAGAUCGACGCGUUUGAGUUCAUGCACAUCUUUCGCAAGUUCAAAAAAGAUCUCUCAAAGUUUCCUUCUUCGGUGACCCAAAGCAGCGUAAGUGAUUGCUUGAGUGUGGUUCACUAUGUAUUAGCAACCAUCCACCGUAUAGUCCCACCGUAUGGGGCCGAGCAGGCCAAACUGGAAACCAUCUUUGACAUCAAGCAUCUCUCCAAAGCUGCCUACUUUUUGGAUACACAAUAUCGUAUGCCUGUGCCCCUGGGCAAUUUCAUAUCCAAACAUGUGUACGGCAACAAGCUUCACUCCCAACAUGAUAUAAGGGAAGCAGGUUGUAUUCAAUUCAUAGAUGUUUCCAAAGGAGAGGAACAGAGAUCGGGGAGCAGUUCCAAGAACGUGGAAGAAGUGCACACAGUCGUCCGACUGGUUCAACAGUAUUAUAACAAGGAGGACUUCUGUGUCAUCACACCAUACGAUGCUCAGAGAGCGGCCAUAUCGAUGCAGCUGAAGAAGAACGACUUGCAUUCUGAUCGCGUCUUUAAUGUUGACAGUUUCCAAGGCAACGAGGCGGGUUAUGUAAUCGUCUCAGCCGUUCGGUCGAAAGGCCCUGGCUUCCUGCGCUCCGAGAACCGGAUGAACGUCAUGCUCACCCGGUGCAAGAAAGGUAUGGUCAUCGUCACUAGCCGAGCAUUUCUCCAGGGCGGUGGCCGAAAGACGCUGCUCGGGCAGCUUGCGGCAGAAUACGAAGAUAAGUUUGGGGUAGAGAAGACUUGGUCAGACUGGAGACGAGUGGUAGAGGGGAAGGCCGGUGGCCCCAUGGAGGCAGGCGUCUCCGCACGACGGUUGCAAGCGACUAAGACAGACACGGCUCCGAGAGUCCCUCCAGGCAGCCAUGCACACAGUAAUGCUCUGAAGCUCGGAAACCGUCUUAGAUUGACGGCCGCCAGCGUAUUGUAG